AUGGGCAAGAGUCUUAGCACCUCCUUGAGCGAAUGGAAUCUUCAGGACAACGUGGUUUUGACUAUGACUGACCAAGGCUCCAACGUCAAAAAGUGCAUGUCGCUGUUCAACGGCACUUCUGGAGCUACAUGGCUCCCAUGUGUUGCUCACAAAUUACAAAUCGCCAUCAACAACGCCUGGAAUAAGGGAGAGGCUUUGUCGCUGGUGGACAAGUGCAAGAGGAUAACGAGGAUGUUCAAGAACAAGGGCGCCUUAGCGGAUACGCUUGCCAGGAGCUAG